UGCUCCGAAAAACGAAAGUUUGAUGCACAGAUUGCACUUGAGAGAGGUAAGCGGAUCUCUACAGCCCCACAAGCAUGCCCGCCCCAAAAAGCUGUUCACCAAAAUUCCUGGUCGUUUGGGAUUCGGUCUCAAAUCCUUGGUCCCCCAGUCAGUACUGGAUGAGGGCCACGUGUUUCUGGGUUUCACAAAGAAUGGCCAGUUUGUGAUAUCGUACACCCUGCACAUUGAGGCAGAUGACCAUAUAGCCUACCCUCUGUACACAUUCAGGCUGCAAUGGUGGCUUUUCCUCCCUCACAGGCCUCUCAAAAAGGUGGCUGAAGUGCGUCUGUUUGAGGAGUCCGAGAUUGAGCACGACCUCUUCCUGGCCGUUUGUGAGUGGCCUAGAGAUAACAAAAAAAUCCUUGUGUAUGGACAGAGUUUGUCUGUGUGUACGGGUGAGAACUAUCAGUGUUACAUCACAGUGACAGCUGUGCCACCUCUAGUCCCCUGUGAGGAGUGCGUGGCCACAGAGGCUGUUCUACCCACAGAAACAGGAGUUCCAGCCAGGUGUCUGGACCACGCCCUCACCUUCCACACCAGAUAUGACUUGGCCCCACCCUACCCCUCGUUCAGCCCUCAGGUGAAAAUGAAAUUGGAUGGCGUCAUCAUACUAAAUACGGGUCAUUCCAUUGUUACACUGGACAUCUCAACUGGCCAGAGGCAGGACGAGGAAUGGUCGGACUAUACCAACUGCAGCACACCCCUCAUGGAACCUGAAUCUCCCAUGGAAGCAGUCAUCAUGGAAACCGAAGUAUUAGAGGCAGACGUUGGCAACGUUUCGUCUGCAGCCUCAACCAGCUUUGCUAAAUUCAACAGGGAUGCAAUCUUAGCUUUUCCUCAGGAAUUCCUGCAUGGUGACAGGGACCUCUCUGACUGUGAUACGCUCAACCCCACCCCAAAUUGUUACUGCCCCCCACCCCCCGAUGCUGCAGACAAACCUGACACUCAGACCUCGGACUCUCAGAAAAGUCGCUUGACGCUGUAUGAUUUUGCGGGAUCUGACGACGGCUCGAUCGUCGACGAGGACACAAAGAGUGGUUUCGCACUUCCUCAGUACAUCCCCAAUAGCAGUGGCAAAAGCAAUGAUGACGCGGAUGCAAAGUGCAACUGCGGUGAUUCCAGAUUGAGGUCAAAGUACUUGCGUCAGCAGUUGCAGCAAUCCAUGCGCUACUCCCAUGGGUUUAAGUUUGGCUCACCUCAGGCCCUCUCUCCAGGCAGGUGCCAGUCGCUACGUAAGAGCCAGUCGCAGGACAAUAUACCUCAUUGUCACACUGAGGGGUCAGGGCUGGGGGCUGGCCAGAGCAGCCCUGGGACAGAGCUUGUCCACCAUGAUAACUUGCCCUACCCUCCAUGUGAUAAAGAAAACUUCUGUAUACCUCCUGCCUCACCAAACCAAUGUGAUCUCAGCGUGGAUUUGAAAAAUACUCAGCAUGGCUGUUCGUGUACCCUUAAGUCCGACCCCCUUUUGACAAAACCUGUGGGGGUAGAGGGCUCGUAUGAGAUGCGUGCGUCGCAGCGCUCAUUCUUUUCUCCCAGUAUCAGUGGCAGUACAGGCAGCUGUGCCAGUAAGGCCUCCACAAGUCCCAUCAUCUAUCUGGACAGCUCUCAGUCUGUUACCAUGAAUGUGCGUACCUUUACCUACCCUCUCCUCCCUGAGAUGAACCCACCUGCCGAACCUGAUGAUGACUUGGAGAUGGCGUACCACAGUCUGUUACCCCUGACAGUCAUGGGCUCAGGUCAUAGACCCAUGACGGUUGUCAAUCACGGAUACAAGGCUCCAUUACAGCAUGAAGUUACAGUUAAACAGAUGACAUUUGACGUGGAGCAUUUUAUCUGGGAGACGAUCCGACACAAAGCGGAUUGGGGUAAUCGCUACAUCGAUGUGGCUGACUAUGAUGUUCAGGUGUUGGAUGUGUGCCCGUCCAAAUUCUGCCUUAUUGCCAAAGUCACGUUAUGGGUGCAUGCCAGGCAAGAGCCAAGGUUAUCGUUAGAAAUGAAGAAAAGGAAGGCGCUAGGUUUGUACCAGACCAGCUUUACCUUUGAAUGGCAGCAAGACUCAGGGGUGUAUUCGACAUUAGAUAUUGAAGAUCUCAGAGAAAUAGAUGAAAAGAAUAUGAGAAAACAAACUUGGCAGCAAAGGAAGGAGCUAGUAUCAUUACGAAAACAGGCCUUCAUACCACAGUCUUAUUUCACAUCUGUCCAUUUUCUUACGAAUGAAGCAGUUAUUAAAGGAGAGUCAUUAAAGAUGUUGCUGGACCCCCAUCACUAUGUGGCCAUACUUUUGUGAUGACAGUCCAGACAGUACCUACAUCUUCAGAGUUGACAGAUCACUGAAAUCAUAUUAAGCCCAAAGUUAAUGUUCAGGGUUCAACUCCGUAGUGUGCCAACAAAGAUUUUAGAAGGGCCGUUGUAAAGUUGUUUUUUAGU